AUAAGUUAGCAUGGUGACGUGCUCGGCCCUUUUCUGACGUCCCCUAAGGACUUAUUGGACACUAUCGUGGCUUGUUUAAGGGUGUUUGGGGGCCGUUUGAACUUCUCUGACGUCUGCCCUCGACGUGUUUUGACAAAAAAGGGAGGCGGCGGAGCAAGCCCUCGGCAGCCAUCUUUGAAAGUGCCUGCCGCUGCGAGGGUGUUUCGAGCCUUCUGGCAACCCACUCACUUCUUUUCGCAGCCAUCUUUGGAGCCGCCUGCCGCUGGGAGUGAUUCCGGCAUUCUGGCAACCCAGUCACUUCUUUAGGGUGGGGAUUUUUUUUUCUUUUUAAAUGAACUGCGUUGUCUUCACGUUGCCAUCGUUUGACAGUUUAAAGAACUGCAAGAAUCCGACGCGCUAAUUCGCCACCGUGGAGAUGACAAGAAAGUUGUGACCACGUAUGAGACCGCUGUCCUGCAGAUGAGCCGUCGGUGGGGGCUACCUAGUCGCUGUCGCAGACCCAGAUAGUUUGGCGGCAGCGGCAUUUCCCCCCACCCCCCCACCCAUCUCUCCAUUAUGCCCAAUAGCAGUCGGGCGGGGAGCCUGAAGGACCCCGAAGUUGCUGAGCUUUUCUUCAAGGAAGAUCCGGAGAAGUUCUUCACAGAUCUGCGUGAGAUAGGACAUGGCAGCUUUGGAGCUGUGUAUUUCGCACAGGAUGUGCGAACUAGCGAGGUGGUGGCCAUCAAGAAAAUGUCUUACAGUGGAAAGCAGUCCAGUGAGAAAUGGCAAGACAUUAUCAAGGAGGUAAAAUUCUUGCAAAGAGUACAACAUCCAAACAGCAUUGAGUACAAAGGCUGUUACCUGCGAGAGAACACUGCAUGGCUGGUGAUGGAGUAUUGUCUAGGCUCUGCUUCCGAUCUAUUAGAGGUUCACAAGAAACCCCUUCAAGAAGUUGAAAUAGCUGCAAUAACCCAUGGUGCUCUUCAAGGUUUGGCUUAUCUUCACUCCCACAACAUGAUUCACCGAGAUAUCAAGGCAGGAAACAUCUUACUGACGGAGCCAGGCCAGGUAAAACUCGCAGAUUUUGGCUCAGCCUCCAUCGCCUGCCCAGCCAACUCUUUUGUUGGGACACCAUAUUGGAUGGCCCCUGAGGUGAUCUUGGCUAUGGAUGAGGGCCAGUAUGAUGGGAAGAUAGACAUCUGGUCUUUAGGAAUAACUUGCAUUGAAUUAGCUGAGAGGAAGCCUCCACUUUUCAAUAUGAAUGCAAUGAGUGCCUUAUACCAUAUAGCACAAAAUGAGAGCCCCAUGCUGCAGUCCAGUGAAUGGACUGAGUAUUUCAGAAACUUUGUAGAUUCUUGCCUACAGAAAAGUCCACAAGAUAGGCCAAACUCCGAGGAGCUCUUGAAGCAUGCGUUUGUCCAACGUGAGCGUCCUGAAUCAGUUUUAAUGGACCUUAUAAAUCGGACGAAAGAUGCGGUGCGAGAGCUGGACAAUUUGCAGUAUCGCAAAAUGAAAAAGAUUUUGUUUCACGAAGCCCACAAUGGCCCCACCAUUGAAGCUCCAGAUGAAGAGGAGGAACCAGAACACAGUGUGGGUAGAACGGGUACCGUGAACAGUGUGGGGAGCAACCAGUCCAUUCCGAGUAUGUCAAUUAGUGCCAGUUCCCAGAGCAGCUCUGUCAACAGUCUGACAGACGCCGGCGAUGACAAAAGCGAAGUGGACAUGGAGGGAGACCACACAGUCUUGUCUAACAGCUCUGUCAAACAUCUCAGACGGGAGAAUGCAGCUAAUAAUCAAGAUUCAGAACCCCACACUCGGUCAAAUGAGCCUCAGUCACAACCCGCAAACCCUCCUCGGCCAAAACGGAACCGAGAACACUUUGCAACAAUUCGCACAGCCUCAGUGCUCACUCGCCAGAUUAAGGAGCACGAGCAGGACUCUGAAUUGAGGGAGCAAAUUUUAGGCUACAAGCGCAUGCGACGGCAGCACCAGAAGCAGUUGAUGGCCCUGGAGAACAAGCUGAAAACAGAGAUGGAAGAGCACAGACUACGCCUGGACAAGGAACUGGAGAACCAGAGGAACAGCUUUUUUCAGGAGAUGGAUAAACUGAUCAAGAAGCACCAAGGGUCCAUAGAGAAAGAUACAAAAACAUUUAGCAACGAUGAGAAGAAAUUCCAACAACACAUUCAGAGCCAGCAGAAGAAGGAACUUAAUAGUUUCCUCGAAUCACAGAAACGGGAGUACAAACUUCGCAAGGAACAACUCAAAGAGGAGUUGAAUGAAAACCAAUCAACACCUAAGAAGGAGAAGCAGGAGUGGUUGUCCAAGCAAAAGGAGAAUUUCCAACACUUCCAAGCAGAAGAGGAGGCCAACUUGCAGCGCAGACAAAGGCAGUAUCUGGAACUGGAGUCCCGCAGGUUCAAACGUAGGAUCUUGAUUGCUCGCCACAACAUUGAGCAGGACUUAGUGCGUGAGGAGCUUAACAAACGGCAGACUCAGAAGGACUUGGAACAUGCCAUGCUUCUACGACAACACGAAUCCAUGCAAGAACUGGAAUUCCGCCAGCUGAACACUAUCCAGAAGACAAGGGCCGAACUCAUCCGCCUGCAGCACCAGACAGAGCUCACUAACCAGCAGGAAUACAACAAGAGAAGGGAGAGAGAACUGAGACGGAAGCACGUCAUGGAGGUUCGACAACAACCCAAGAGCCUCAAGUCCAAAGAGCUACAAAUCAAGAAGCAGUUUCAGGACACCUGCAAAAUCCAGACGCGGCAGUACAAGGCACUGAGGAAUCAUCUGCUGGAGACCACACCAAAGUCAGAUCACAAGGCAGUGUUGAAGCAACUGAAACAGGAGCAGCACCGCAAACUCGCCAUCUUGGCAGAGCAGUAUGACCACUCCAUCACUGAGAUGAUGUCCACUCAGGCUCUUCGUCUUGAUGAGACUCAAGUAGUACAAGGCCAAGGCCUCCGGAUGCAGCUUCAGCAAGAGCUGGAGCUUCUUAAUGCCUAUCAGAGCAAGAUCAAGAUGCAGACAGACGCACAGCACGACCGUGAAAGGAAAGAGCUGGAGCAAAGGCUGUCGAUACGCAGAGCGCUGCUGGAACAAAAGAUCGAAGAGGAGAUGGUGUCCUUGCAGAAUGAUCGUUCGGAGCGAAUCCGAAGCCUGCUGGAACGUCAAGCACGAGAGAUUGAGGCUUUCGACUCAGAGAGCAUGCGCCUGGGAUUCAGCAACAUGGUGCUAUCAAACGUCUCCCCAGAGGCUCUUGGCCAUAGCUUUCCUGGGUCCCAGGAAAGUUGGGGGCAACGUCAACAGCCAUCAGGGAGCUUUCAUGGGCCACACAGGAGCAGUGGCAUCUUGAGCACAGGCUCAAGCCACCAAAGCAGCAAUCGCCACCAUCACUUGAGUCCUGGGGGUCCAUCUAUGCAGCACAGCUGGGGGCAAGGCAUGCAGGGUGGUGGGGCUCCACAACCUUGGGGCCACCCAUCAGCUGUCUCUCGCAGCAGUGCUGGUGCACAGAACAGCCCCCAAGGAAUGGGGGGGACACAGCCCGGGGGCCACAGUGUGCCGGGCAUGAGCAGGAGUACCAGCGUGACCUCUCAAAUAUCCAACGGAUCCCAUUUUUCCUACACAUAAGUUAAACCGAUGCAAGUCCAACAGUCAGCAGCAACAAAUACCGGGUGAGCUCCGCAGUGCCAUCUUUCCACUACUCCUCCCCUCCACUUCCUUCUACUGUGCACACAUGUGGAUGUGUCAUUAAACACUUGCUCAGGUCAAAGGGUGCUGCAAAAGUGUGCAGCACCUCCUCACAGCAGAUUAUCAGCAAGCAUACAGGUCAUUUAGGUUAAUGUUACAUAGGCAAUUUAAGUGUCAACAAAUAGGCAGUUUUACUGAUAAGUUAAACCAAUACAUUUACAGCGAUUGCUUCCAUUUUGCACAUGAAAACACUGUUAAAAGCCUUUGACUCGUGUCAAUCACAGUAAACAAAAAUAUGUUUAAUUUAAUAGGUCCCCUGCAGUUUUACACUGGCCCAUUCCGAGGCUAUAGACAAUGUUGGGAUGCCAGCCUGCUGUAAUGGUCAUCGAGAUGCAUUUGAUGCAGUCUUUAUUUAGUUCACUACUUUCUCAUUUCCUGACCACCAACUCAAACGUGAAACCAAAUAAACAAACCACUAUUUUCUGUCUGUGUGAGGCUACACAUUUGACUAGUGCCUUUUCUAGUAUUUUUGUAUUAUCAAAGAUAGGUCCUCAAUAUUAAUAGUGUAAUAGUGUGAAUGUAUAUAAGAUUCAAUAGCACUCAUGAUUCUGCAGUUCUGCAAGGCCCAAUUGUAUUCACUUUGUACAGUGCUAUGUGCUAAGUAGUCUUAAAAAAUAUGACAAAUUGAAACAAUGUACAUAUUAGUAUAUUUUGAUUGUCCUGAUUUUAAAAUGGUGGUGGAAGUGACAUAUCCGUGUCCAGAGACAAUUUGCCUUAGAAAAAAUCGAUAUCUUGAAUAUUUUAGUGCCUUUUUAAAACUGCUGCCUUCUCAAAGCACUUUAUGCUAAAUGCAAGAUAUUUUUCAAAGUUAAUAUUGGACUUGGGUGGCAAAGAACCUUGGAGUCAAGGUGUGUGCUGUGAUUUGUAUAUUUUUUUUAUUUCAAGAGGUACACCGCAACCUUCGUGUUUGUGCGUGAAAACACACUAUGAAACUUAAGCUGAAUGUGUGGAUGCUGUGGGCUAUUUUCCUUUUAAUUCAACUAAAAACAACAGAAUCUAUUUUAGAAGCUAGUAGCCUUCACCUAAAAUCCAUGACCAUGACCGCAGGCUUGGCCAUACUAAAGGAAAAUGACACCACUGCUUAGUGAGGUGACAUGGAACGGUGCUAAAUUUAAAAAGAACAAAGGGUGACUGAAUAUUGAAAAUAUUGCUUCAUGCACACAGGGAGAACAUACAAGUACACACAAAUAUAAAUGCAACAUUUAGUUUUUUUCCCAUUUUUCAUGAGUUAAACUCAAAGAUCUAAAACGUUUACUAUAUACACAAAAUACCUAUUCCUCUCAAAUAUUCACAAAACAGUGUUAGUGAGCAUUUCUUCUUUGCCAAGAUAACCCAUCCCACCUCACGUGUUUGGCAUAUGAAGAUGCUGAUUAAACAGCAUGAUUAUUACACAGGUGUGCAUAGGCUGCCCGCAAUAAAAGGCCACUCUGAAAUGUGCAGUUUUAUCACAGCACAAUGUCACAGAUGUCGCAGGUUUUGAGGGAGUGUGCAGUUGUCAGGCUGACUGCAAGAAUGUCCACCAGAGCUGUUGCCCAUUAAUUGAAUGUUCAUUUAUCUACCAUAAGCAGUCUCCAAAGGUGUGUCAGAGAAUUUGGCAGUACAUCCAAUCGGCCUCACAACCGCAGAGAACGUGUAACCACACGAGCCCAGGUGCACCUCCACGAUCGUCUGAGACCAGCCACCCGGACAGCUGCUGCAACAAUUGGUUUGCAUAACCAAAUCAUUUUUGUGAGAAACCGUCUCAGUGAAACUGAUCUGCAUGCUCGUCGUCCUCAACGAGGUCUCGACCUGACUGCAGUUCCUCGUGGUAACCGACUUUUAGUGGGAAAAUGCUGAUAUUCGAUGGUAUCUGGCACGCUGGCGAGGUGUUCUCUUCACGGAUGAAUCCCGGUUUUCACUGUUCCGGACAGAUGGCAGACCGCAUGUGUAGCGUCAGGUGGAAGGGCGGUUUGCUGAUGUCAACGUUGUCAAUGGAGUGACCCAUGGUGGGGGUGGGCUUAUGGAAUGGACAGGCAUUUGUUAUGGACAACCAACGAGUGCAUUUUAUUGAUGGCAUUUUGGAUGCACAGAGAUACCGUCACGAGAUCCUGAGGCCCGUUGUUGUGCCAUUCACCCGAGACCAUCACUUCAUGUUGCAGCAUGACAAUGCACGGCGCCAUGUUGCAAGGAUCUGUACACAAUUACUGGAAGUUGAAAACAACCCAUCACCUAUAAAGCAAAACUGCACAUUUCAGAGUGGCCUUUUAUCGUCUAAUAAUCAUGCAGUUUAUUCAGAAUCUCGAUGUGCCACACCUGUGAGGUGGAAUGGAUUAUCUUGGCAAAGAUAAUAACUAACACAGAUUUAUAGAGAUUUGUCAAUAUUUGAGAGGAAUAGGUCUUUUAUGUAUACAGUAACAAUUUUAGAUCAUUGAGUUCAACUCACGGAAAAAUGUGCGCAAAAAGAAAAGUGUUGCGUUUAUAUUUUUGUUCAGUAUAGAAUAAGAACAAAUGUUGGAUCGAGCACUUGAGCAGGGCAAGACCUAUGAUGAUUGUAGUAUACAUUUCACACACUUUCCUGAGGUCUAGAUAAAAUGUAUAGGAUAUGCGUUGGUGUAAAGUUUGCUCCAUUGUCACAUUUUUAACCCCUUCUCUGAGUAUGCCUGCAAAACUCUUCGUUUGAGGUGGCGUUCCUUUUUUAGAUGCAAAUAAACCCUUCCAGGCCCUGCCCUUGUUGCAGUGUCAACAAACAGGGCCUAUGUCCGUCUAGCGGGACUUAUUUGCUCCUUUCAGACGAAGACAUCCAAAUCCCCUGCUAACUCUCUGCGAAGAAGGAAAACAAAACACAGACUUCAUAUUAGGGCUGUUCUCAUCAAGGUUUCAUUCCGAUACCGAUCAUCCAUGAGUGAGAUUGGCCAUUAAAUGUGUAAAUGUACAUUUUUUAAAAUUUAUUUCUAGUGCGUCCUAUUGAUAGUUGCACAGUAUCAACACAAUAUUUAAACUAGUUCUUUAUUCUAUUUUAUGACACAAUUGUUUGAGCAACACAAAGUCCGUAGUACAUUAUAACCUAAACAAAAACUGUCUAUUGCUCUUUGAAAUCGUUUUUGCCCUCAAAGUCCCCCUGUGUCUAGGGAAUUAUUCAGCAAAAACAAUUUUGAGAAGGAUAUUAACAAAUAUCAGCACCUCCAAGUCCGAGUCCAUGGUUCUCGCCCGGAAAAGGGUGGAGUGCCAUCUCCGGGUUGGGGAGGAGAUCUUGCCCCAAGUGGAGGAGUUCAAGUACCUCGGAGUCUUGUUCACGAGUGAGGGAAGAGUGGAUGGUGAGAUCGACAGGCGGAUCGGUGCGGCGUCUUCAGUAAUGCGGACGCUGUAUCGAUCUGUUGUGGUGAAGAAGGAGCUGAGCCAGAAGGCAAAGCUCUCAAUUUACCGGUCGAUCUACGUUCCCAUCCUCACCUAUGGUCAUGAGCUUUGGGUUAUGACCGAAAGGACAAGAUCACGGGUAAAUUAGUUUCCUCCGCCGGGUGGCGGGUCUCUCCCUUAGAGAUAGGGUGAGAAGCUCUGUCAUCCGGGAGGAACUAAAGCCACUGCUCCUCCACAUGGAGAGGAGCCAGAUGAGGUGGUUCGGGCAUCUGGUCAGGAUGCCACCCGAACGCCUCCCUAGGGAAGUGUUUCGGGCACGUCCGACCGGUAGGAGGCCACGGGGAAGACUAUGUCUCCCGGUUGGCCUGGGAACGCCUCGGGAUCCCCCGGGAGGAGCUGGACGAAGUGGCUGGGGAGAGGGAAGUCUGGGCUUCUCUGCUUAGGCUGCUGCCCCCGUGACCCGGCCUCUGAUAAGUGGAAUAAUUUGGAUGGAUAUUAACAAAUAUGAUCACUCUAGUAUCAAUCAUAUCCUCAUACUACCCCUAAUAUGUAACAUGUUGAGCCUUGUCCGCCAGUGAUGAUGAUAGUAGAUAAUGAUACUUAAGCUACUAGGAAAUUGUAUAUUUGCUGUAAUAGACGUGUGGGAAGUGGCUUGUCACCCAGAGAGGAUCGGCAUUUGUGAAUGGCAUUAAUCGGCACAUACUUUUUUUCACGAAAUUCGUUCGCCAACAUUUAUGCCUCAAAAGCCCAUGAAGACGCUUGCACUGGCCAAAAAAAUCAGCAGUCAAAAGUCAGCCGAAGUAAAGCUGUUGGCCGUUCUCAUUGUCCUACUGAAACGUGUAAAUAGCCCGCCAGAGAUGACCGUAGGGCCAAAGGGAUCGACAAUUUCCCCAUGUAAACAUGUGUCAUUCUCCUGCAUUUGAUAUCCAUGCUGUGUGUAUGUCCAAACAGGCGAAACUGUUAAUCAUAUCAUCCGAGAUAAACCAGUACAGCCAAAUAAGUGAUACACGUUACCGCUGCGAUAUCAGAGAUGCCUAACACGCACCUGAAGACGCAGGACCCCUCAACGGCAUACCUUCUGGAGCCAUGGAUUUUACUUCUUAAUUGCUGCUAUUUUUCCAAUAUAUUUUUUGCUAGCAAAUACAACGUGAUUGCCACACACUGAUAGAUUAAAUCAGGACAUAAGCUUGGUUAAUUUAUGCAUGUGGUGUUAUCGCUACCUUUGAUGUCAUAUUUGGCUAGGACAAAUCUUAGGUAGUUUGUUAAAUCCACCUUGAGUCUUUCUUACCCCCAGAAGGGCAUAAACUACACUCAAAUCAACAUUUAAGAAAUAAUAGAUAAACAUAAGGUAUCGAGAAAGAGGAAGUUAUCGGCUUGGAAACCUUAUGAUUUAAUACUUUGGCAUUGUUCAGCAGGUAUCCAGCAUUGUAACAUUUAUAAGUCAGAAAAGAGGAAAAUCAUCAUAGGUCCUGUUUAAAUAGUUACGAAAGAGGCAUGCAUUUAUUACACAAUCAUAACUGUCCGUAUGUAUGUAUGUAUGCGUGUGUGUGUGUAUUGGAACAUUUUAUAUUUCAGAAACUGACAGACUAUAUUGAUGGCAGAAAUAUUGCAAUCUACAUGAAUACAAUGACAAAGUGAAGCAUGUAAAAUAUGCCUGCCCUGAUCUUUAACCAACAAAACAUCCCAAUUGCCUACAAUCACACAGUGUAGAUAAGGUAAUAGUCAGGGUUCUGGUACCAAAACUGCAAGCGGACAUUAUUUUCCCGAUGUACUGGUCAAUGAAAAGAUGAAUGUAUCUUUUCCUUUUGUCCAAAAGCCAAGAGUUUGAAUGUUGGAUCAACAUUGCCUGGCCCUCCAUGCCAACAUUCAGUUUGUUUUGUUCACUUUAUGUCAAUGUUUGUUUAUGACUAUGUCAGAGAGAGCCUGAAUAUAUUCUUGUCAUCCAUGCGAACUCUUCACAACCUGGAUUACAUUUUUGUUUUUGUACUUUUAACUUUGAUGUCAAGUUUUGUCCUACUGACUACCUGAAACAUGUAUGGGGUACUGAAUUGGCAGUAGGCAGUGAAGGUGGCCAUUUAUUUCUGUGGUCUGCACACUGCCAUAGUUGCCAAGCCCUGAUGUUGCCACGUUGUUUUCCUCGCCGUGUUUUCACCCCUCAUCAGCGGACUUGGAAACAAGUCACAUCUGCUCCAGUGGUCAACGCCGAACACUCGAGACAAAUCCAGUGAAAAGAGAUUGCAUUUAUUUGAAGAUGUCAGUAUUCUUCUUUUAUUUUAUUUUUUGGCACAUUACCACUACAACUUGUAACCUGUAAUAAAUUGUAUAGAUGGUCUUGAGAGUUUAUGAACAUGCUAAACAUGACAAAAUGGUAAAAGUGAAUUCAAAUUGUAUAAAAAAAAAUAUUAAACAGAAUAAGAAUAGAUUUAAAUGUACUAUUUUGUUUGUAUAAUGCACCAUUGUCUUGGCAGAGGGAUUAUUUAAAAAAAUAAAUCAGCUGUAAUAAAGUAAUUUU